CCAUUGAAACUCUUCUCCAAUAUUCGCUCCCCUUUUCUCAUCGAUCGAAAAUUGACUCCGAAUUUGUUUGAUUGUUUGUAAAAUUUCAGCCAAAUCUUCAAUCGAAAACGCAUACAUGAAGAACAACUCAUGACGUUAUCCAAUUUACCGUAUUACAGUGAAGUCGAUGGCUAGUAGAAAACGGAGAAUCCAUAAUGAUGCCGAAAUUAGUGCACUCCACAAGGAAUGGGAUGAAAUUUCUUGCCCGAUAUGCAUGGACCACCCGCACAAUGCCGUUCUUAUCAUGUGCAGUUCUCAUGGGAACGGCUGCCGAUCGUUCAUUUGUGACACAAGUUACCGGCACUCGAAUUGUUUGGAUCGGUUCAAGAAACUCGUACCCGAUAGCAACGAUAGCAUUCCGACUCCCGCUAGUUUGUUACCGGAAAACGAUAACUCAAUUGAAGCUGAUGGAAAUCAUGAAUCAAUCGAACCAGAUGCAAUUGUGGAAUUUGCUGGUGGACCGUUAGGAACUGGAGAUUCCGAUCAUACGUCAAGUUCGAGCUCGAGUUCGAGUUUGAAAUGCCCGUUGUGUCGGGGAAGUGUAUCGGGAUGGGAGGUUGUGGAGGAGGCUCGGCAGUAUCUGAAUUUGAAAUCCCGAAGUUGUUCUCAGGAAUCGUGUUCAUUUUCCGGCAAUUACCGAGAACUUCGUCGGCAUGCUAGGCGGGCCCACCCGACCGCCCGACCGUCUGAUGUGGACCCGUUACGUGAACGAGCUUGGAGGCGGCUCGAGCACCAGAGGGAAUACGGUGAUAUAGUCAGCGCGAUUCGGUCAGCCAUGCCGGGUGCGGUUGUUUUUGGGGACUAUGCAAUCGAGAACGGAGAUAACCGGCUAGCCGGUGGUGAUAAUAGGGAGAGGGGUGGAGGUGAAGGCGGCAACAACGGACACUGGUGGACUGCGUUUUUCUUGUUUCAGAUGAUCGGGUCGAUGGAAACGUCGCCUCCUGCCGACAGGAGGGGUGGCGGCAGGCCACGGGUUCCAACACGACACCGCCGUCGGCGGCUGUUGUGGGGGGAAAGCUUGUUGGGUUUACAAGAUGAUGAAGAGGAAGAUGAGAGCGACGAUGAUCCAUUUGGGCUGAAUUUGGCGACGACUGAUAACGAUGAAGAUCGUCAUACUUCCGAGAACCCAAGGAGGCGUAGGCGCAGAUUGACUCGAUACAGAUCAGAUGAAGAUCRGUCGUGAAAAAUCCGAUAAAGAAAACCGGGGCCAUCCGUUUGGCAGCACGAGUGGAGAAAUCGAUUGAUCGAUCAUGGAAUUUGAAUUGGAAGCCGGAGUCGUUUUUCGUUUAAAAAGAUGAAGAAAGAAGCAAUGGUUAUGUUGUUAGCGUUGACAAUCUGUUUGGGUUUGGGGUGGUUAAGAGGCAUUUCUGUUGGAUUUUGUCACAGGGUGGUUCCUAGGAAUAGGAUGGGUGCUGGGUGCAUUUGCUUUUUUAUGUGCUUGUUUAAAUACAACCAUUUUAUGCGAAGGGUUUCAUGAAACAUUUGAAUUAAUGUAUUUCCAAUGGAACUUUAAUCUAUACAUGGGUUCAGGGUCU